AUGUCUUCUCCUGUUUCCAAGUACAUCACUUUCCAAGGAUGUCAAAAUUUUAGGUUGCGGAUUGUCCUAGCCAUAUUAUCUGGAAAACAAAUAAAAAUUGAAAAAAUCCGUUCAGGUGACUUAAAUCCAGGUCUGAAAGAUUAUGAAGUUUCUUUCCUAAGGCUGAUCGAGUCGGUAACUAAUGGAAGUGUCAUCGAAAUUUCAUAUACUGGUACCACUGUCAUCUACAGGCCUGGUAUUAUAGUUGGCGGUGCCUCUACUCACAUUUGUCCUAAUUCCAAACCAGUAGGUUACUUUGUCGAACCAAUGUUAUAUUUAGCUCCAUUUUCAAAGAAGAAAUUCUCGAUCUUAUUCAAAGGCAUAACCGCAUCUCAUAGCGAUGCAGGUAUUGAAGCUAUUAAAUGGGGACUUAUGCCUAUUAUGGAAAAGUUCGGCGUUAGGGAAUGUGCUCUACAUACUCUGAAAAGAGGUUCUCCACCACUUGGAGGCGGUGAAGUACAUUUAGUUGUCGACUCUUUGAUUGCACAACCAGUUACUAUGCAUGAAGUAGAUAGGCCCAUAGUUUCCUCUAUCACCGGAGUAGCAUACUCUACCAGGGUAAGUCCGUCGCUCGUAAACAGAAUGAUUGAUGGUGCUAAGAAGGUGUUGAAAGACCUUAAAUGUGAGGUUAACAUAACAGCAGAUGUUUGGAGAGGUGAAAAUUCAGGUAAGAGCCCUGGUUGGGGUAUCACAUUGGUGGCUGAAUCCAAACAAAAAGGUUGGAGUUAUCUUGCAGAAGAUAUCGGUGAUGCAGGUUCCAUACCUGAGGAACUUGGUGAAAAAGUUGCUUACCGUCUAUUAGAAGAAAUAUCGAAAAGCGCAGCAGUUGGUAGAAAUCAACUUCCAUUAGCGAUUGUAUACAUGGUUAUCGGGAAGGAAGAUAUUGGGAGACUAAGAGUCAAUAAGGAACAAAUAGACGAAAGAUUCAUAAUCCUCCUAAGAGAUAUAAAGAAGAUCUUUAGCACAGAAGUCUUCUUGAAGCCAGUUGACGAAAUGGAUAAUGACGACAUGAUAGCUACUAUCAAGGGUAUCGGUUUUAUAAAUACGAGUAAAAAGAUCGCAUAG